AUGGGUCAGGCCACCUCGAACCACGGCUAUUCCCCCGGUGGAAGCGGCGGCGGUGCGGGGUCAGGUCAUCUUCGCAACCAUAGCGUCGACCUCCUCCACCUCCGCUCCACGGCCGUUAAUCUCCAUGUGCCGGAUAUGUCCUGCGCGAAUCAACUGCAAAUCGACUACACUUCCGAGAUCCCCGACGAGUGCUUGGCCCUGAUAUUCCAAUCGCUGAGCUCCGGCGAUCGGAAGCGCUGCUCGCUGGUCUGCCGCCGCUGGCUUUCCGUGGAGGGCCAAAGCCGCCACCGAAUCGCGCUCAACGCGUCCGCGGAGGUCUCCGAGCACCUCCCCGCCAUCUUCACCCGGUUCGACUCCAUCACCAAGCUCGCCCUCCGUUGCGACCGGAAGUCCGUCAGCAUAAACGACGACGCCCUCACCCUAAUAUCCCUCCGCUGCCACAACCUCACCCGCCUCAAGCUCCGGGGCUGCCGCGAGAUCUCCGACCUAGGUAUGUUGGCUCUCGCCAGAAACUGCAAAUCCCUCCGCAAAUUCUCCUGCGGAUCGUGUAUGUUCGGCGCCAAAGGCAUGAACGCGCUUCUGGACAACUGCACCUCCCUGGAGGAGCUUUCCAUCAAGCGGCUGCGGGGGACCAACGACGGGUACGCAGCUGAGCCGAUCGGCCCCGGGGCAGCGGCUUCAUCUCUCAAAUCAAUCUUGCUCAAGGAGCUCUACAACGGUCAGUGUUUCGGGCCUCUGAUUAUUGGAUCUAAAAAUUUGAAAUCCCUAAAGAUCUUAAGGUGUUUGGGGGAUUGGGAUCGAUUACUGGAGACGGUCACCAAGGGGAAAAGCUGUCUGACCGAAAUUCAUCUGGAGAGGCUGCAGGUGAGCGAUGCUGGCCUAAUUGCCAUCUCAAAAUGCCCAGAUUUGGAGAUCUUUCACUUGGUGAAGGCUCCCGACUGCUCGAACGAUGGAGUUCUGGCCAUUGCGGAGAACUGUAGGCUUUUGAGAAAGCUCCACAUAGACGGGUGGAGGACAAACAGGAUAGGUGAUGAAGGUUUGAUUGCCAUAGCCAAGAACAGCGUGAAUCUCGUCGAAUUAGUGCUUAUUGGCGUAAACCCUACCUCUGAGAGCUUGAUGGCUAUGGCUUCCAACUGCCUAAAGCUGGAAAGAUUGGCUCUUUGUGGCAGUGAAUCAAUUGGGGACCCUGAGAUCUCAUGCAUUGCGUCCAAAUGCAACGCGCUAAAGAAGCUUUGUAUAAAAGGCUGUCGUGUGACAGACUCUGGGAUCGAGGCUUUUGCUUUUGGGUGCCCGAAUUUGGUGAAGAUUAAAGUCAAGAAGUGUAGGGGGGUUACUAGUGAGGUUGCCGAUUGGCUUAGGGCAAGGAGGAUGACUUUGUCCGUGAAUUUGGACGCGGACGAGAUAGAGCCCGAGGCUCUGGAUGUCAGCACGAGUGAUGGGGGUGUGCAAGCAUACAACAUAGAGUUGCCGGCCGUAAUGAAUGGUCCUGCAAAUGUAGGUGCACCAUCGACAAGUAAUGCGGCCAGGUUGCCUAUUAAGUCAAGGUUUAGCAUUUUCGCGGGGAGGACACUCGUGGCUUGUGCCUUCCGGAGGCUGUCGAGCGGUAACAGUAAUUCAAAUGGUAGCUUGUGA